CAGCGCUCACCGUCAGAGGUUUUGCGAUCUCUUGGCCGGCAGAGAGAGGGCAGGAAGUGAUGAUGACAUAGUCUGCGAGCUCUGACUUGGUGUUGACUUCGAUCUGACCUUUGCUUCUGCUCCUUUUGCCCGUCAUGGCAGACUACUCGCCUCGACCAUCCUCCUCCUCCUCCUCUGCCGCCCAUCCUCCUCGUCAGCCACGACAGGUCUCGCCCGAUCAGCGUCAGCAUCGUCGGGGACCUCACAGGAGAGAUGAGCGCAGGCACAGGGAGACCGAGACGGGAGAGCCGAGGCAUCAUCAUGACGAUGGCAGACGAACAUCAAUGUCUGCUCACUCGAACAACGUCAGACACAGGAGCCGGUCACGCUCGCCUGAUCAGCACGCAUACAAACGCUCUCGACAAGGCUACGACGACAUCCCUCGCCAGCGUGCGGCAGGUACACCCGAGGAAGGAGAGCUACCAGAGCCUGUUGAACCCACAGGACCAACAGAGCAGGCACACUCGCCUAUGCUGGAGAGACAAGCCACGCCACCGCAGCCGCAGCCGCAGAGUUUUGAAGAGCAAGAUCCUGAGCUCGUGCUCGCCGAACGUCGCAGGCAGCGAGCAGCAUUGCUGGCUCGCAUCGCAUCUCUCGAUGCGAGCAGUGCCACACCAUCUGGGCAGGUGACCCCUAAUGGCCCCGUACCGUCUGAAGCAGGCACAGAUUCGCCUGUGGCGUCACCCCGAGGGCAAGAGGUGUUCGACCUGGUCAAAGAUGAGCAAGACAGCGCGCCCAUCGCUCAGACACAGACGCAUAAUGACGGUCAUCAGAGUAUCUCUGCUGCGGACUACAACCCCAACGACGACCGAAUGCUCGAUGAUGCACGUCAGCUGAGAUUGGAGAGGCAGGGCGUCCAAGGUCAUCACGACACAGUCGGUCAGACUGCUGCAGUUGCUGCUCAGCCUGCUGCUGCAGCCCCUGCGCAGGUCAUCCAAGUCGUUGCAGACGAUGACGAUGACGACAUGUUUGCCGUCGUGUCAAAGCCCUUAGCCGCGGUCGAUGCACCUACAGCUCAGCCGACCUUUAUACCCGUCAUCGAUCGCUCGAACGACCCUUCUGCUGCUCACAUUGUGGACAACUUUGACGAUCCGGAAGGAUACUAUCGGGUCAUACUAGGCGAAUUGCUCGAUGACGGUCGCUAUCACGUACACGCCAAUCUGGGCAAGGGCAUGUUCUCCAGUGUCGUCAAAGCAAAAGACCACCAAGCUGAUGGUCGCGAGAUGGCCAUCAAAAUCAUCCGCAGCCAAGAAUCGAUGUACAAAGCCGGUCAGAAGGAGGCUGGUAUAUUGCGCAAGCUACAAGAGACUGAUCCGCUCGACAAGAAACACAUCGUUCGGCUCGAUCGCACAUUCGAGCAUCGUGGUCAUCUCUGCCUUGUUUUCGAAAGUCUUAGCAUGAAUCUUCGCGAGGUCGUCAAGCGAUUCGGCAAGGAUGUCGGACUCAAUUUGCGCGCAGUGCGAGCUUACGCGCACCAAAUGCUUCUCGCCCUCAGUCAUUUCCGCAAGAGCAAUAUCAUGCACGCCGACAUCAAGCCAGACAAUAUCCUCGUCAACGAGAGCAAGGCUAUCCUCAAGAUUUGCGAUCUCGGCUCGGCGUCCGAUACUUCCGAAAACGAUAUCACACCCUACCUCGUCAGUCGCUUCUACCGCGCGCCAGAGAUCAUUCUUGGCCUACCAUAUGAUUGCGCUCUAGACAUGUGGUCGAUCGGUUGCACGCUCUACGAGCUGGCGACAGGCAAGAUCCUUUACCCGGGUCGGACGAACAACGAUAUGCUGAGGCUACACCAGGAGCUACGCGGCAAAAUCACUGCCAAGCUCGUCAAGAAGGCUCAAUUCGGCCCGAUGCACUUUGAUGACAAUGGCACCUUUCUUUGCGUUGAGAAUGAUGCGAUCAAGACGCUUGUCUUGCCUGCUCAGCCUGUGCAUGACCUCAAAAGCCGCAUGAUGCCAGCAGGAGCAGCGAAGAAACUUCGAGACGACGAGAGGAAAGCAAUGACCAACUUUAUCGAUCUGCUCAAUCGCAUGCUCGACUUGGACAGCUCCAAGCGCAUCACGCCUAAGGAGGCCCUACUUGUGCGUUACCCUGACAGGCGCUUUACGAUCAGCUGAUUCGUUUGCAGCAUCCUUUCCUGAAGUAAGCGGUGAGCAAUUUGCAACAGGUUUUGCGAUGAACAACAAUUGUAUUUGUAU